GUCUUAGGAAGGUCCGUCUUUGCUUCAGCUUGUUGUGGCACCUCCUGGUCCAAACCGGCUCCGAGACUUGAAGACAUUGGAAAUCCAGCUGACUCCAAAUUUUUUGUAAACCAGAAGAUGAGUAGCCAAUGGGCAUGAGAGAUUGGGAAUAUUCCACUGCUUUAUAAAACUUGGUAUAAUAAUAGACUGUUUCCUUUUCUGGAGAUUUGGAGCCAAAGAACACAAUGAGUACAAGAAAUCCUCAAAGAAAGCGUCGUGGCGGAACAGUAAGUUCUAGACAAACUCAGAAGCGAACUCGGGAAGCAGCUUCAACCCCAGAGAUUUCCUUGGAAGCAGAACCCAUAGAACUUGUAGAAACUGGUGGCGAUGAAAUUGUGGACCUCACCUGUGAAUCUCUAGAGCCUGUGGUUGUUGACCUGACUCACAAUGACUCUGUUGUGUUUGUUGAAGAAAGGAGAAGGCCAAGGAGGAAUGCAAGGCGGCUGCGCCAAGACCAUGCUGACAGCUGUGUGGUGAGCAGCGAUGAUGAGGAACUAUCUAGGGACAGAGAUGUUUAUGUGACUACCAAUACUUCCCGGAGCACCAGGGAUGAGGGAGCUACAGGACUCAGGCCCUCGGGUACUGUCAGUUGUCCAAUAUGCAUGGAUGGAUACUCUGAGAUUGUGCAGAAUGGGCAUCUCAUUGUUUCUACAGAAUGUGGCCACGUCUUCUGUAGCCAGUGCCUCCGUGAUUCCCUUAAGAAUGCUAACACUUGUCCAACUUGUAGGAAAAAGAUCAACCAUAAGCGGUACCACCCCAUUUAUAUAUGAAGUGUUCAGAGCUGCUCAGGAGAGGCCAUGGACAGACAGUUGGGCUGGCCUCGCCUCACGGUAUCUGCCUCUAAUUUCCUGAGCUCAAAAAGACUGUUUCAGAACCAACAUCUGAUGUUUCUAAACCCUUUUGAUUCUUUUGUUAUCACCAGUUUGAUGUUAAGGAGCUGGACCCAGGCAUCCUCUCCAGGCCAGCUCUGCAUCUCUGUUCUUCUGGGUGGUCUUAUCUCCAAGUAAGAGAAAAAGAGUCAGACACCAUGGAGUUGAGCAUCAUAUCAUGGCUCCAGCCUCUUUGUGGAGCCUACAUGUUUGCCAAGAAGUUUCCCUGUUGGGAAAGUUUGCCCCAACUCUUCUGGGUGGGAGACCAACUCUUCUGCCUACCAUACAGUCACCUGUCCAGACACGGUCCACCCAGCUCAAGUGUCCCAG